AUGGCUGCCGUGACAUGUGAGAGAGGAAUAGCAGAGAAGACAAUGCCAAGGUCAGCGCCAUCAGACACAGCAGCAGCAAAAACCAGGGGGGAUGCACUUACCGAGCAUCGCCACAUCUAUCUGAAUCAUAUGCUCACCAACUUGCCUCUUCUUUGGUUCCCACACUCAUGCCCGUGCCACACCAUCCUCUACCCUCAACCACAGUAUGAAGAGAGCACAUCUCGGCCAACUCACCGACCCUGUAAUGAACCUUCUUCUUCUUCUUCUUCUUCUUCCUCAGCGUCACUUGAGUUGACCCUCACCAGUACCACUUGUGUCAUGAGAUCUCCCAUAUCCUAUAUAACGCCACCAUUCGAACUAGUCAUCGAACCCCUUCCGAAUCUCUUCUUCAGAACCUUCGUCCACAUUUUUGUUUCCUCAGUCCAAACAGAUCUCUUUACUCGUCGUGACAUGGAGACGAGCUCCAUAGGAGAUGCCUGGGGCGAAUCCACGAAGCGGGAUGAGUCACGCAAGUUGCCGUCUUCCCGUUACAAAGGCGUCGUCCCGCAGCCCAACGGAAGGUGGGGCGCGCAGAUCUACGAGAAGCACCAGCGCGUCUGGCUCGGCACCUUCAACACGGAAGCCGAGGCCGCGCGCGCCUACGACGUCGCCGUGCGGCGGUUCCGAGGCCGCGACGGCGUUACCAACUUCAAGCCGCUAAACGAGUCCGACGACGAUGACGCGGCAGAGCUCUCCUUUAUCGGUUCUCGUUCCAAGGUGGAGAUCGUGGACAUGCUCAGAAGGCACAGCUACCACCACGAGCUACAGCAAAGCAGACGAUCCUUCGGUGCCGACAAGAUGAAGACCGCUCCCUCUCGCGGUGCGGCCCUGGCCGGCGCUACGGAGUCACCUGUUGGAGCAAAGAGGCAGCACCUCUUCGAUAAGGCGGUGACGCUGAGCGACGUCGGGAAGCUCAACCGGUUAGUAAUACCGAAACAACACGCCGAAAAGCACUUGCCGCUGCAGGAGUCCGGCGGCGGACCCAGCAAUGGCAUGCUGCUAAACUUCGAGGACGCUUGCGGGAGGGUUUGGCGCUUCCGGUAUUCGUACUGGAACAGUAGCCAGAGCUACGUGCUGACCAAAGGCUGGAGCCGUUUUGUGAAGGAGAAGGGCCUCGAGGCCGGCGACGUGGUCUCCUUCCAGAGAUCGACCGGGCCCGAGAAGCAGCUCUUCAUCGACUCCAAAGCACGAGCUGGUCGCGGGCAUACCGCGGUUCCCAUGCCACGACCACCAGUCCAGCAUUUUAGGCUCUUCGGCGUCAACAUUGCUAGAAAUCCGGCAACGCACAGAGAUGAUAUGGAGUUCAUAUCAUCACAAGACAUGUUCAAGAGGCAACGCACAGAAGCUUUGUAGUGUUGCCGGAAUGUUUCAGUUGAAGUGUUUGUGUACAUUGAGAGAGAGAUGGAGAAGCUGCAGCCCGAUCAACAUACUGAGAGCAUAAAAAGAGUCUUUUUCCCUUAUAUUGUCAUGUUUCCUUCAUUCAAUCAGUUCAAAUGGGUUGUACAUGUAGCUUCCUUCACUCCAACAGGAAUAAGUACAUCUAUCUGACAUUGA